AUGGGGACCGCAGGCAAGCUGGACCACAGUGCUGGUGGGAGGCCGGCGACGCCGUACCGGCCUGCGGAGCGGCACAGGCCCCCGCCGGGGGACCCGGGCAGGGCCACGGGACGGGGUCUCGCCGCAGGAAGGGCGACGGUGCGCGACCGGAGUUCGGGGGGCCGCGGGGCCGGGGUCUGCAGCGGACCCGUACUCACGCACCUGUCCGGGGGAGGGGGGGCGCGGGGAAGAGGGCGGGGGCAGGGCGCGUCAGGGAAGGUCCCCCUGCGCAGGAACCCCUGUCGCCGCUGCUUGGGGCCGCGGGGAGGGCGGGCGGUGGGCUGGGAGCCGGAGACCCCCAGCGAGGCGCGGGCUGAGGGAGGGGCUCCGCCGGACCGCCCCGCUCUCCCGGCGGGGAGGAAAGGCGGAGUGCUUGCGCCGGCCUCAGGCCCGGGGGGCCCGGCGGGGAGGCGGGGAGCCCAGGCGCCGUCCCUCGCUGAGUCGGCCGCGGGAGGGGGAGCGGAGGGCAAGGGAGGGCCUAGGGCAGGCGCGGGGCUAAAAACCUGCCGGGUCAGUGCCUGCUGCCCGCAGAGAAGCAGCUUUGACCCCAGAAGCGGCACCUACAAGGACGACUGCCCGACCCUAACGGGUUCCCUUCAAGGAGAGGACCCCCGCUCCACAGAGGCCACAACUCCACCUUGUCUCCUGGUGGUCAGCCGUCCCCGGUGGUGGGAUAAAGGGAAGCCCAGCAGCACCACAGAAGCACUGCCCCUGAGGGGACAGCGACAGGGCCCCCUUCAGGAAAUAUGCCACCAGCCUCGAGGUCCCAGUUCCCUGAUGCCUCAGUUUCCAGCCAGUCCGGAGAGGCUGAGUCAUGAGACCUUAUUCGCCCACGACAGCUGCUGGCUGCUUCAGCCAGGACAGGAGGAAAGUCAUCUGCCCAGAACUUACUAUAAUCCUGACAGGAAAUCUUACAAAGAGAGCCUGAUGGAAAGGGACUGUCACAGAUCAGAGACAUUAAAGAUGAACACAGCUGGGUGGGCAGUUCGGCCUGGUGUCUGCAAAGCCUUAGAAACAGGCAGAGUCCCUGAACACAAUGACACUUCAAUAAGUUACCCUAGGGAAACAGUCACGUAUGCGUGAGGAUGGUCACUGGUGACAUCAACACUGAGGACAAACCCGUGGGAACGACAGAAGGAGCGGCUGAAUGAAUCAAGGUACAUCCACAUGACGGGAAACCAUGCAGCCGUUCAAAUCCUGUUUGAGGAGAACGCUCGUGACUCAGGCAAAGGUGUGCGAUGCGUGAGCAGACCACCGUGGAUAGCAGGACCCCUUUUUAUUUUUUUUUUAAGAAAGAGAAAAACAACACGUACAUUAAGUCUGUAACUGACUCUCUGUGAACAAGGAAGUUAAAGGUGACUUAAAUCUUAA